UCAAAUUCUAUCUCAGCCCAUGAAGAAACAUAUAGAGAGUUUUAUCAACCGGCCCUCAUAAUUCCAGGAUGCUCUGUACUUGUAGCAUUGAUCCUCUCCAUCUAUCUCAUUCUCCAACAUCUCAGAUCAUACACCAAUCCUACUGUUAGUUUGUUUCUGCAAUAAGUAUCCUAACCAUUCUGUGCAAUGCCCUUCUUUUAUAUCAACUUGUGUUUCUUCUCAUUUCAUAGAAGCUGCGUGAUGCUGAAAUUUAUGGUGAUUGAUCUAUUGGGUUUUUCUUGAAUCAAAUUUAAGAAAUGGGCAAAAUCAUUUCGUUAAAACUAAACACCUCUAUGCAAGAGCAUAGCAUGUUUAUUCGUUAAUGCAUUCUGUUAAUAGUAUUCCUAAAUGCAUACCAUUGAUUGGAUCUGUCGGCGCUCAUGGGGCUCUAACAGUUUCAUCAUUUGCCCAUAAAACAUUAUUACAAUGGUUUUGCAUUGCGAUUAACAUGAUUUUGUGCCCAGAAAGGAUCAAAAUGUCUUUUAAUCUAGGAAACUUCAAGGCGGCCCUGCAAAUGUCAAUUUUGAUGUGUAUCAUGCUUUCAUACUCGAGAUUCUACAAUACUUACGGAACAAAAAUGGAUCGUUGCUGUUGUUUUCAUGGUUCCCGUCUAUGCCACUGAGUCAAUAAUAUCCUUGUUGUUUCCAAGGUUGUCUCUUGCAUGUGACAUUCUGAGAAACUGCUAUGAAGCGUUUGCCUUGUAUUCUUUUGGGAGUUAUUUGGUUGCUUGCCUGGGUGGUGAAAGGAUGGUCAUAGAACUACUCGAAAAUAAUUCAAGGAAACAGCUUGGCAAACAACUGUUAGAAGGGGCAGAUGAGAAUCGUUCAGUGCACCAAAAGUCCUACAGAAACUUCUUCUUUCAACCUUGCAUUCUUGGGGAACACUUGCUUGUGAUAAUAAAAUUUGGCCUUGUGCAAUAUAUGAUUCUGAAGACAGUUUGUGCUUUCUUAGCUUUCUUGUUGGAAAUCUUUGGUGUUUAUGGUGAUGGGGAAUUCAAGUGGUACUACGGUUAUCCAUAUAUGGCAGUGGUAUUAAACUUCAGUCAGAUGUGGGCAUUGUAUUGCCUUGUGACGUUCUAUAAUGUAACUCAUGAAAGACUUCAGUCAAUAAAUCCACUUGCAAAGUUCAUCAGCUUCAAGGUCAUUGUUUUUGCUACUUGGUGGCAAGGUGUGGGUAUCGCACUAUUGAGUGCAUUUGGAGUGCUGCCAAAGGAAGUGAAAGUACAAGCUGGACUGCAGAAUUUCUUGAUUUGUAUAGAAAUGGCCAUUGCAGCUAUCGCUCAUGUGUAUGUUUUCUCGGCGGAACCAUAUCAGUUCCUCCCCGUAUCCGAGUAUGGGAGAGUCACUACUGAAACGUCCAAGGAAGCACUGAAGUUAGAGAAAGGUCCUGAGGAGAAACCAGCCAUGCUUGAAAGGACAGAAACUAAGGUCGAGUCUCCUGGAACAAGUGUUACCGAGAGUGUUCAGGACAUUGUUCUCGAAGGCGGACAACAUGUUGUCAAAGAUGUUGUACUGACCAUUAAUCAAGCAAUAGGGCCAGUGGAAAAGGGGGUGACAAAAAUCCAGGAGACGUUCCACCGCAAAUCAGUGAGUUCGGAUGGUCAAGAAGAAGAGUCAAAACUAAAAGUAGAGCAACACGUUGACAAUAAUCUUUAGAGAAAUUUAGAAGUUAUGUAUGCGUCUCCCUCAAUUUGAAUCUAAUUACAUUUUAUUCAGUAUCACAUUCACAGUUUUAUUGGCUUGAGAAAAGUCACUUUAUUAAAAAUUAAAAAAAUUACAAAUUUUAUUCUUCUUUGGGUUAACUUACUUUUCUUGGUCACUUAAUUUUUUACCUUUUUUUUUUCUUUUUCUUUUUUUUAAGAAUAAAUAUGGUUUCAUUGUCCAUUUGAAAAUUGUUAAAGAGGUACACUGGACUUCUUUCGUAGUUUGGUGAUGAUUACCAAAAUUGAUAGUUCAAGAUUGUGAA